AGAUGUCCCAGUGAGCAGUGAAGUCACAUGGUUGUCUCAGAUGUUUACUUGCACAGUCUCUCACAGUCUAAAACCCCAACUAAAGCCAAAACCUUCCCACUAGCUCUCUCUCUCUUUCUUUCUCUCUCCUUCCUUUCUCCACCCACCCUGUUUUCAUGGUCAGUCAGUGCCAACAGCCCAAGUAAGGACAUAACGCAUAAACUGAAGAAAGCUAUGCAGCACUUGACAGCCAGACGUGUAGCGGGGCUCUUGUCCAGACGGGGGGUGGCUGCAUUCAGCUCCAGCGGUGUCAAGAUGGCCAGUCAUGGGCAUGGUGGGGUGACAGAACAGACGGACAUGUCCGUACCCCUGUACUGGGACCGUCUGGACACUCCUCUGCCUGACAGACCAUACAAAGACACCCUCAGUGAUGCAGACAAGAGCCUGAAGCAGAAGGAGAAAGGCCCCUGGAACAGUCUUUCCAAAGAGGAGAAACUUGCCUUGUACAGGCUUACGUUUAAUGAGACAUACGCUGAGAUGAAGAAACCAACAGGUGAGUGGAAGACUGUGUUGGGCGGCAUCUUCUUCUUCAUUGGCUUCACUGGUCUGGUUGUUCUCUGGCAGAGGUACUAUGUGUAUCCCCCUCAUCCUCGUACCCUUGAUGACGAAUGGCAGGCUAUGCAGGUGAAGCGGAUGCUGGACAUGAGGGUGAACCCUGUGGAGGGUUUUUCAGCCAAAUGGGACUAUGAGAAGGGCCAGUGGAAAUAGAUGAAAGGAAAUGCAGCUGAGAGCAACAUGUCAAAGCCUUGCUACUUCUCUGCAAUUCUCCGUUGGCAGUCUUCAUGCAUUACUAUGCCGUCCUUUAUGUGAACAUUUGAAAAUUAUCCAAUGGGCAACCAUGUAAAAUUUGAACACCGAAUUAAGUGUUUCCUCUUGACGGACCGAAGUAAAACUUGAAAUUACA